AUGCCGCUUGUUUUCGGACUGCCUGCUUCUUCAGCUGCUCAGUUUAUCAAAAGUUCCAAGACUUCUCUACUCAAAGAUGCCCCUCAAGAGCCGGACUUGGUUCAGAUGGACAAGGCCAUGCUGAAGGCCAUCCCUGCUCAGGACAGGGAAUCUGUUAAGGGAGUCGGCACCCUUAACCUUGAAGCCAUCCUGGCUCUCCUUGCCGAGGCGUCCGCCACUUUGCAGGUCAAGGAAUUAGAGGCGGCCAGGAAGAAGAUCUUGGAGCUGGAGAAGUUUGUAAAGGACCUCAAAGCUCAGAUGGCGUCUCUAAAGGAGGCAGACAAGGAGGUCGAGGGACUCCGCGCCCGGGCAGGCGGCGAGGAGGAGACGGAGGAUGAGGCGUCCGACUCCAUUUACGGGGAGUCGGACCAGGAUGAGGAGGACAAGCAGGAGGCGGAUGCUGACGAGGAGUCGCCGCAGGAGGAGGAGGAGGAUGUUGAUAAAGAACAGCCGCUGAUUGAUGAUCCAAAUCAAGCGGCUGCCAACACUGUAGGUCCUCCUCCAGCUGCUUGA